AUGAAUCAGCCACGUGGGGCGAUGCCGGAAGUGGUGUCUGAAUGGAAGUUGGUGGUUUAUGUCCUUCUGCCACCGCAGGUCGAGGAUCCGUUUGGCGGAAAUGCAAAACUUGAAUGGAGCCUCAGUUUUGCGAGUGGGCAUCCCAUGGGAUCCUACCAAGGCAGGAAGAACUACAUCGAGAAGUGGGCCAGACGAGCCAAAGAAUUGGAACCAGAGGAAACCAAGCUGAAGGAAAUCGAUCAGCUGUUGUGGGAUAAGACGAUGGAAGAGGUACAGAGUGGAUACCUCUCGGGAGAUAAGCUGCGACCUAUUGACAACUACUCAUCGAGUUUGAUCAACGAAGCCUCUCGGCUCAAUCCUGUUUCUGCUGCGAGUGGUGGGUGGGGAGCAGCGCUCAUGAUGAAGAAGACGUUUCGACCAGUGCUGCGUCGGGAUGGCUUUGCUCGCUACCGUGGUCGUAUCAUGCAGGCUCACGAGCUUCAAGCCCAGUAUCGCCCAGCGGCGCAGCAGACUCCUUCAGCAAAGCCAACCACAUCCGGUGCAAGCUCCCAGGCAUCAGCGGCGAUCAAGCUUUUGACUUGGAACUGCGGCGGAUUUUCCACAUGCAAGGACGAAUUUUACACAUGGCUCAAAACAUGUUCAUGUGACGCGGUCUGCUUGCAGGAGACUUGGAUGAGGGAAAGCUCGGAGUUUGUUGCGGGCGAGUGGACAUGUGUCCAAAGCGGCGUGGGCACUUCGGUGUCCAGAGCACAGGCAGGAGUCAUGAUCAUGCUCAAGAGGUCGGUCUUUGACAGCGGCACCAUUCGCUACAAUCACGUAGUUGCAGGCAGAGUUCUCCAUGUUCGGGCGCAGAGCAAACACGGCUGGGUGGACAUCGUAGGCACCUACAUGCAUGCAGGGGGGAGUAGAGAGAGCGACACCGAGAUCGUGAAGAAACGCUCAAAGGUGUGGACGGCACUACGCACCACCCUUGGUCAGAUUCCUCGAGGCAGCCAGCUGCUUCUCUGUGGCGACUUUAACACGAUCACCAAGCCCACCCCUCCUUGCAUAGGUGCAGGCACUUGCGAUGGCGAGAAGGAGGCCUCCCUGGACUCAGACGACAUGCUGGGCAUCUUGCAGGACUUUGGGUUGCAGGCUGUGAACACUUUCGGCAAGCAUGGUAGCUACACCCAUGUUCUUGAACAGCGCGGUAAGCAGUACCGAUCCUUCCUGGACUAUGUGAUGGUCAGACGGCGAGGUGCUACACUCAGGACAGCCUCUCGCAUCAUUGGUGACUGUCCAGUGGCUCGCUGGCGUGGAGGUGGACGGCAUCUACCUGUGGCAGUCACUUUGCACUUCAGGCGUUUUCAGUUCGUAAAGCCCCGGCCUCAACCAUCCUGGCCACAAUGGAAGUGUACCUUGCUCACUGCCAGGAUUGCUCAGAAUGGUCCGGAUGUGCAGGCCUUCCAGGCACAGGUCGAACAUGAGCUGAACCAAGUUUCUGUUUACACACCGGAGCAAGUGAACAGCAUCAUCCUGAAGGCCGGCCAGCAAAAUUUUUCCAUCGAGCGCCAAAGCAGUUUGCGGCCGCCCUGGGUCUUCGUGCGUGCUUUCGUGCUUGGAGGUGCCAUUUUCGCUUUCAGCAAAUGCAUAAAAUUGUGGCCCGCAACAGCCGACUUCUCCGGCGGUACCGUUUCAACGAACUUCUUCGUCGGGCCGAGGCUGCUGAUUACCUCAACCGUGUGGAUCAACUUUUCCUUCUUGUUGCGCAGGCAUGCCCCCAAGCAGCCCCGAACACGAGCACAGCUUCGGUCGAGCACGGGUGCGCUGCUAAUGCCACACGCCGAGGCUAAGGCCCUAGCCACGUAUUGGAAGGAGGUUACCACCGCAUCUGUCCCGAGCCAGGCACCGGAACCGCUACCUUUUGACAUUCAGCAGGAGGCGAUUCAGUCUGCCCUUGAGGCACUACCGGCCAACAAAGCCGCGCCCGCCCACUAUGCACCACAUGUUCUAUGGAGUUGUGCUGCACCCUCUGUGGCACGAGUACUAGAGCGAGGGUUGAUGCAGACAUGGAGACAGGCAGCGGCCACGGUUCCGGUCGCAUGGGCCGAUGCAUGGCUUACUUUUCUUCAGAAGCCCAACAAGGCAGGGAAUGCCCCUCAGCAUCUCCGUCCAAUUGCUCUUCUAGAUCCGGUCGGAAAGGCGGUUACGGGAAUCCUUCGCGAUCAGCUCGACACUUACAUCAUCCCACACAUGGUGGAGCAGCAUCAGUAUGGUUUUCUUCCUCACAGGUCAGUGCAACAGGCCUUGGGACAUGCUUUCAUGCAUUGCCGAACUGUUCGUAGCAUUUGCCAAGCUCAACAACGCUCCUUGUACGAGCAGAAGGCCGGGAACAAGUCGCUGGGAUUGGCAGGGGGAAUGAUCUUAAGUAUCGAUCUGACCCAGGCCUUUGACAGGGUCGACCGGGGAUUACUGGAGGCCUCUUUGAUUCACAUCGGCGUCCCGGCUGAGCUUCGCCAUUUGCUUCUUCAGUGGGUUCAUGCUGCCCAUUAUGUUGUGCAACGUGAAGGUCACACUCAGCGCUUCGGCACAACGCAAGGAAUCAGGCAGGGUUGCCGACUUUCGCCGUCAUUGUGGAACUGUGUGGUCAUCUACCUUACCCAUCUCCGAGAGCAAAAAUUUGGCUCCGAUUGGUGCAGGCAACACCUGGUGGGAUAUGCCGACGACAACCUCUUCAAGUGGACUUUCCGUGCCAAGGCCGAGGUUACUCAGGCCAUUGCCGAAGCAGGGGACAUUGUUGCUCUAUUUGAGGGCCACGGGCUACAAGUGAGCAAAGACAAGACAGCCAUCCUUCUUCGACUGGCCGGCUCCCAAGCAGCGGCCCUGCGCAGCAAAAUCACCACGAAGGUGGAAGGCAAGUGUCACCUGAUGUUGGGCCCGGACCUCACCCUGCCCGUCAAGUCUCAACACGUCUACCUCGGCGCCAUUAUUUCUUUUGCCAGGUUUGAAGAAUACACAGCAGCCCACAGACGCCAGGCUGGAAUCGCCACAUACCAUCGCCUACGACAACAUCUGCACUCUAAGCGUGCCUGGCCCCUACAUAAAAGAAUCCGCCUAUGGAAAGCCUACAUCUUGCCAACAGUCUUCUACGCGUUGACGGCUUCGGGUCUCACAGCCAAGAGUGCAUCCAUGAUCAGGGUCGAAUUGGUCAAGCAGCUCAGGGCCAUCGCGGGAAGCCCACGCCAUCUUACCCUGGAGCCCGACGCCCAAUUUCUUGAAGGGCUAGGCCUGGAGUCUCCGUUGCAGCUACUGGUGCGCAGGCAGGUCCGAGUCUUGGAAAAGACCCGCGAGCUCCAAGGCAAACUCCCGCCACACGAUGUCAGACUCGACCCGGCACUGUUUGCACAUGAGGAAAGCAUUCUCCAGCAGUUCCAGAACUUUGUUCAGCCGGACUCAACAACGGGUGCUGCUGCUGACCUGCCCUGCCCUGACUGUGGCAAAUGCUUUCCAACUGCAGCGUCCCUACGCCAGCACCGUGCCAGUGCACACAGGCGAGGAGAGGACAAACCGAGUGGUGAACGUUUUGACCGGCUGCUUCACGGCAAGGACGGCCUCCCGCAAUGCAUCAAUUGCGGGCACAAAUUCCGAUUAUGGGAGGAGCUACAGCGGCAUGUCGAGCUUGGCCGUUGCCAGGCUACAGCAAAAGCUGAGUAUGAGGACGUCCACCCCCCGUUGCUAGCCAAAGUCCUAGAGGAUGAAAUUGCUUUCCCGGAGGUCUUCCAUCAGCUACCGCCCCCGGACCUCAAGACCGAGCUCAACGAGAGGUGUGCACUGUGCCGAACCUGGCUCCCCAAUGAAAACUACAUGAAGGUUCAUUAUGGACGUGUGCAUCGUGACGAGUGGCAGGCGCAUAGUGGUCGUGUCCGCGUAUGGUGCAUGAACAACCUCCCGCCCAUUAAGGGCAUAUGCCGAUGGUGUGGACACAAGGACCAAUCAGGCAGGGAUCAUCGUGCCACAUGCCCGGCUUUAUUUCAGCUGGCCAUGACUUGGUUCGUGAAUGGAGGUCCACCCGAGGCCGCCGAUGUGACCGACUUGGUUUGUCUUGCAGAUAUUUCCAAGCAGCGCUUCAAAACACACAUGCAGCGACAUCACGGCGAGCUUUGGCGCAAUAUGCAACCUCGUGUGCAGCUCUUGUGUGCAGAGUGGACGGGCUCGAUCACCAUUCCCUGCAUGAUGGACACCGAGAUUCAGGAUGUGUUCGCCGGCUGCCUGCCGGCUCUGGCGAAGCUCAGCGCGGUGAACUUUCAGGACCCGUUGGAGAUCGAGGCAACGGGGGACCAGGAAAUGCCCAACCGAGGCAAGAGGUCACGACAGGAGCCCGAGAUGAACAAGGACAAGCAGCCUCCGAAGGGGGGCAAAGGCAAGGGCGGACGUCGCGACAACGACGGCCGAGGCCGGGGACACAACAGCUGGGGCAGCUGGGACUACAACCACGGCUGGGAUGCCAACGGCUGGGAUGCCAACAACUGGGGUGCUCCACACAGGCAUCCGCGGCCGAACAUGGAGCAGCUGGUGGAAGCCUUGUGCAGGCUGACCUUGAAACAGGAGGAGGAGCUGCAACUUAUCCGCACCGAAAAGCAAUUCCUGUUGCAUCUAGAGUCAGGGACACAUGGUCUCCUGGCUCCGCUGUGGCAGGUGGCGCAGGCUUGGAAGACGGGACGGGACAAAACCCCGCCGACGGUUACCAGUUCACUUCGGGUCGCCUUAAUCAAAAGUCUGCUUGCGGAAUGGGUCACCCGCCUCGACAUGAUGACCAAGGACGAGGCUACAAUCAAAAAGAUGGAGGCCCAGGGGUGGGUCAAAGUGCAGGGCGAGAAGGAGCUUCAUUGGACAUUUCAGCAACGGAAUGCGGAGAGCCGUCGAUUGGAACUGGAUGCCACCCGCCCACCAAUCGGACACACUCAGAUGGUGAAGAUUGCGCACGACCUGCAGCAGCUGGUGAUGACAGGGAAGGAGGAGCUCAUUCACCGCUUCCACUCGACAAGGAAGCUCACCGAAACGGUGACAGGGGAUACACUCCCCUUCAUUUUGUCGGUGGCAAUGAGGGGCACCCGAGCACAACAAGCCCACGACCUGCUUCGCAGCUUGACGGGCAGUGCAGCUCUUCGUUUGGUGGGGGUUCGGAUCCGCGGCGAGCGCAUGAACUUGCAACCACUCGCCCAGCACAUCGCAAAGAUGGCGGCAGCUCUUCGGCGCUAA